AUGGAAGAAAGUGAUGAACCUGAUCAGCAUAUCUCAGCAAAGAGGCAAGAAAUUCGAAAGAGAAGAAGAACCAGCCAACCAAUGGUAGACAAAUCCCAACAGACUGAAGUGACAGACAAAAAGAAACAUUUGCCCAUACCACAGUCAUCUGGCCCCAAAGCUACCCUUAGUAUUGGUAAUAUUCCUGGAAGCAAAGUCAACCAUGAAUCUUUUAGAAUAUCUGCUCAGCUUCAGCAAACUUGGACAAAGAGAAAGCUUGUACAAGAUAGGAAAGAUAAAUCUCUGCAGACAGACACUACUGCAGAAGAGAAACAAAAAGUAAUCAAGUCAGUUGGUGCAGCAGUGGCCCCUGAAGAAAAGCCAGCUGCUGUUAGGGCGGCAGCCCCUGAAUUUCCAGAGAGUGUCCAGGAAGUAGAAAUUCCACCAAGCCACUCAAUUCAACUCAAGAUAGACAGAUCUCAGCAGACCAGUUGUACUGGAGACUGGACAAUGAUUAUCAUUCCUCAAAUAGAAAAGGUGGACAAGGAACAGCAGACUUACUUUAGUGAAUCAGAAAUAGUGGCUUUUGGAAGGUCAAAGUCAAAGGAGGGUGUGCAGAAACAUAAAUCCUCUGGGAAAAUUUUCAUUAAUGAGCAUCCUGAAUUUCAACCCCCAACAAGCAGCAAGGAAGACAUGAGGCAGAAAAGUAUCAGCCGAUCUUCAUUUAGUCAGCAAAUGAAAAAAGGUACUCCAGUACUUUUAAAUGAGCAAGACAUUCCAGCUGAAGUACAGCCUCCCAGGGUAGAAGAGGCCCCUGAUGAACUUCAGUCUCCACUAGCUGAGGAAGCUUCUGCAGAAGAGGCCCCUGCUAAAGUAGAGUCUAUCCCUGCUGAAGAGUCUCCUUCAGAAAAGCCUUGUGCUGAAGUUCAGUUUCCACCAGCUGAGGAGGCCUCAACUGAAGUUCAAUAUUUACCAACUGAGGAGGCCUCUGCAGAAGUUCAAUAUCUACCAGUUGACGAGGCCCCUGAAGAGGAGGCCCCAGCUGAAGUUCAAUCUCUACCAGCUGAGGAGGCCUCAACUGAAGUUCAAUAUUUACCAACUGAGGAGGCCUCUGCAGAAGUUCAAUAUCUACCAGUUGAUGAGGCCCCUGAAGAAGAGGCCCCAACUGAAGUUCAAUCUCUACCAGCUGAGGAGGCCUCUGCAGAACCUCCACCAUCUGAAGAAGCCUGUAUUACACAAAUCUCGAUACAAGACAACCCUGAGGAACUUCAGCCCCCACCAUCUAAACAAACACAGUCUCUGGUAGAGGAUGUAUCUGCUGAAUAUCAAUUUUCCUAGACGACAGACAUCCCCGUGGUAAAAUUAAAAUCGACUUCAGAAAGCGAGCUAACAUAUGAAGAGCCUUUAGAGCUGGAUCCUGUUUCUGAAGAUUUGUCUAAUAUCAAGGAAGAACAGGUUUCUACGAUUGAAAUAGAGGGUGCCAUCCAUGUAGAACUAAAAUAAGGACCUCUUCCACAGCUGUAG